AUGAGCCAUUUCUCCAAAAGCCGCUCGGAUUCCUAUGCCAGGAGCAUAGUCAACGCUUACAAAUCCAAACGGCCCAUUCUUUUAAACAUAUCCUAUCUCCUACUUUUCAUUGCGGCCUUUACUGGAGCCACAUCGACUUCCAAUAAAAAAGUCCGCAAAGAAAGCACAGAAAAAAAGGCAAAAGAGAAGAAAACCCCAAGGCUCUCGAGAAAUGACUUGAAGACUCUACUAAAAUCUGCCGUUCCCGGCGUUUCCGACUCCGUUGUUGGUUACUUGGCUGGCCAUAUUGUGCUUCUUGUUGCUCGAGCAUUUUUAACCAUUGAAGUUGCCAGUUUAGACGGUAAACUUGUCGGUGCGCUCGUAACGAAGAGGCUACGAAAGUUUGCUCGUCUUUUGGCCUUUUGGAUGUUUUUGGGCAUUCCAGCAUCCUUUGUCAAUGCUUUGCUUAAUUGGACCAAAGAGAAAAUGCGCCAAAGUUUGAGAAGGAACAUCAACGACAGCAUUCUUCAUGAUUAUUUGCCAGAUAACCUAGACCCAAACUAUUAUGCGCUUCUCCAAUCAGCGGAUAGCGACAUUAAGGAUCCAGAUCAGAGAAUCUCUACAGACGUAUCAAGAUUGGCGCAGGCCUUGGCUAGUCUUCCGGGCCAACUUUUGAAACCUAGUUUGGACUUGUUUUUGUGCGCCAGAGAACUUUCAAGAAGUGGAGUGGGAAGUGGAGAAGGUACUUUGGCUCUUGGUUUACUUACCCACUUUUCCACGACGAUUCUCCGGUUCUUUUCUCCUCCUUUUGCCAAAUUGGCCUCGGAACGGGCCAGUCUUGAAGGCCAGCUUCGCUCGGCACACUCUAAAGUUGUUGCAAACAACGAGGAAAUUGCAUUCUUGAGAGGUCAUCCUCGGGAGUUGGAUUAUGUUGAUUACUGUUACUACCAGCUUGAGAGGUUUUUGAAAAUCGAGUAUUCUAAGAGAGCAAUCCACGAAAUAGCGCAGACAUUUAUUGUCAAGUACUUCUGGGGCGCCGCUGGUCUAGUAUUGUGCUCUGCUCCUGUUUUCAUCAACAAGUAUUUCGGCAAAGCUGAAGAUCCAAAUGCCACAAGUGACUUUAUUACGAACAGAAGAUUGCUCUUGAGUGCAUCCGAUUCCAUUGACCGGUUGAUCUAUUCGAGAAAAUACUUGCUUCAAGUUGUCGGCCAUGCUUCUCGAGUGACCUCUAUCCAGAAAGCGUUGAACACGAUCAAGCAAAAGCGAUUGGGCAACAUUAGUGAAUCUUCUACUGGCACUGUCACUUAUGGAAAUGAAAUUACUUUUGAUCGCGUUCGUCUAGUCACCCCAGCCGAUGUGACACUUAUAGAGUCCCUCAGCUUUAGCAUCAAACCGGGUCAGCAUUUGCUUAUUGCCGGUCCUAACGGUGCAGGUAAAUCAUCCAUGUUUAGGAUGUUAGGCGGCUUGUGGCCUUGCAAGGAGGGCCACAUAACUAUUCCUACGUCCGACAACAUGUUUUACUUGCCACAAAGAGCCUAUCUCUGUAAAGGGUCGUUACGUGAACAAAUCACAUAUCCGCAUACUUUAGAGGAGUACAAGCAAAACAAGCAUGGCAAAACAGACAAGGACUUGAAGAAUAUCUUGGAUAUCUUGGACCUUGGGGACUUACUUCAGUCCGACUCUGAUUGGGACGCAGUCAAGAACUGGAAAGAAGAAUUGUCUACCGGAGCCCAGCAACGCUUGGCCAUGGCCCGUUUGUAUUACCACCAGCCUCAGUUUGCCGUUUUGGACGAGUGCACUUCUGCUGUCACUCCUAGUAUGGAACAGUUUAUGUACCAGCAUGCGCAAGAGAUUGGCAUUUCCUUGAUUUCUGUUGCCCACAGACCGGCCCUCUGGCAUUUCCACAAUUUUUUGUUGAAGCUUGACGGCGAGGGAGGCUAUUUCUUCGGACCCUUGGACGCUAGCCGGCGACUCAAGUUUGAAGAGGAAAGACUUAUGUUGGAAAAGAACUUACGAGACGUGCCGCAGUUGCGUGAGCGCUUGGAGGAGUUAAAGAAUGUGUCUACGGCCCACCAUAUCCGACACGAAAGCUCGCAACGGAGUUUGACCAACAUGGCUUAG